AUGGCGGGUGUAUUGGUAAUAGGUGCUGGUGUGGGAGCUUUAGCCUCUGAGCUCCUGGAUGGUGCGAUCAAGGAAGCGAAGAAGGUGUUGGGGUUCAAAACUUUGUCUAGGGAGCUCGCAUCAGCGAUGCAGGAAGUGGUUCCGAUAGUCAUCCAGAUCGAAUCGUCGGGAGAUGCUGAGGCACUAAAGACUCUGAGGGUUACGAUCGAUAAAGCUCUUGUAUUGGUUGCGGAUUGUAAAGGCGUCAAGCGGUGGGAUGCAAUCUCAAAAUCUAUAUAUACAAGAAGAGUUGAGAAAAUCAACAAGGAGAUUCUCAAGUUCUGUCAGAUUCAACUACAGCUUAUACAGCUUAGGAACCAAGUGCAGCCGUGUAAGCUGCCUGAGGACAUCACUAAUUGUAUCCAAGCCAUUAGCAAGAGGCUCGAUCUUAUGAAUGUUCCUGCGCCCGUUUUCAGAAAUCUUUGUUCGGUUCUCCAGCUUGACGAGGUUCCUGUUGGAUUCGAUUGGCCAUUGACGAAGCUCAAGAAGGAGCUCCUUAAUGAUUCCGUCAACACUCUUCUGGUGUCUGCUGCUCCCGGGUGCGGGAAGACCACGCUUGCUACUCAGCUUUGCCACGAUCCUGACGUCAAAGGGAAGUUCAAGCAUAUCUUCUUUAAUGUUGUCUCAAGACCUCCUAACAUUAAGGCCAUAGUGCAGAAUCUACUCCAGCACAACGGUUACGCUCCACAUAUAUUUGACAACGAUUCUCAAGCAGCUGUUGGCUUGCAAGACCUGAUUAAAGAACUCAUUGUAGACGGUGAUGUAUUGUUGGUGUUGGAUGAUGUGUGGCAGGGAGCCGAGUUCUCGCUUCGUAGAUACUUUCAACAGAUUAGAUUACCAGGUUGUAAGAUCUUGGUGACCUCGCGCUUUAACUUGCCCAGUUUUGAUUUCACUUAUCAUUUGGAGCCUUUGGAGUAUGAAGAUGCUAAGUCGCUUCUCGUCCAGUGGUCCUCGCCGCCUAAUUAUCACACAUCUCCACAUGAGUAUGAAGAGCUUUUCCAAAAGAUAUUGAAACGUUGCAAUGGAUACCCAAUCGUAAUCGAAGUAGUCGGCGUUUCACUCAAAGAACAACCAUUAUAUGCAUGGAAAGGCCAGGUGGAAAGCUGGUCUCAGGGGAGAACAAUUCUUGAUAAUCCUCAUCCUACUGUGCUAGACUGUCUGGAGCCUAGCUUCAGUGCCCUGCAACCCCAUCUUAAAGAGUGUUUCUUGGACAUGGGCUCAUUUCUUGAAGACCAAAAGAUUCGUGCUUCGGUGAUCAUUGACAUAUGGUUGGAACUAUACGGUAAAGGUAGCAGUACUGGUAACGUGUACAUGAAAUACCUUAAUGACCUUGCUUCCCAGAAUCUGCUUAAACUUAUUCCGCUCGGGAGAAAUGAGCACGAAGACGGAUUCUACAAUGAGCUAUUAGUCACUCAACAUGAUCUCCUCAGGGAGCUUGCUAUCCAUUUAAGCUCCAAGGAGAAGUUAAAGGAAAAAUUGGAAAGCAAAAGACUAAAUUUGGAGAUACAAGGAGAUAGCUUUCCUGACUGGUGUUUGAAUUUAAGGGAGCCUAUCAAUGUCCGCUUCUUGUCUAUCUCUACAGAUGUUUCAUUCACAUCGAAAUGGGUGGAAAUGGGAUUGGAUUGCCCCAAUGUUGAGGCUCUAGUUCUUAAUCUCUCUUCAUCAGAUUAUGCACUACCAGACUUCAUUGCUACAAUGAAGAAACUGAAGGUUUUGAUAAUCAUAAAUCACGGUCAUGGUCCUGCAAAAUUGACCAACUUGUCGUGUCUCAGCUCGUUACCAAGCCUGAAACGGAUCAGAUUCGAGAAAGUUUCAAUCACUUGGCUGGACAUUCUCCUCCAUUUGCAACUCGGCAGUCUCAACAAGCUAUCUUUGGUCAUGUGUAGUUUCGGUAAGCUUGCCUCCGACACAAAAGAGAUAGAUGUCUCUAAAUCUCUAUCGAGCUUACAAGAGAUUGAUCUAGACUAUUGCUAUGAUCUCGUUGAGUUACCUUACUGGAUAUCUGAAGCUCUUUCGUUGAAGACACUUAGCAUCACAAACUGUAAUAAGCUCUCUAUACUUCCAGAUGCUACAGGCAACUUGAGUAAGUUGGAAGUGUUGAGGUUGUGUUCUUGUAUCAGUCUCUCGGAGCUGCCUGAAACGACUGAGAGACUCAGCAACUUGCGGUUUCUUGAUAUUUAUAACUGCUUAGGAUUGAGAAAGUUACCUCUAGAGAUUGGGAAGCUGCAGAAGCUGAAGAAGAUCUCGAUGACGAAGUGUUCCAAAUGCGAGUUACCGGGUUCAGUGAAGAAACUAGAGGAUCUAAAGGUGAUAUGCGAUGAAGAAGCUGGAUUCUUGUGGGUAAGGUUGAAGCCAAAAAUGAAAAAUUUGAGUGUUGUUGUGGAGGAAACAGAGCACAACCUGAACUUGCUUCAGAUGCACUUUUAA